GAAAUAACUUUGGAGUUGCGCGUCUCCUGCAGCUCUGUAGUCCGGAGAGCGCAGAGAGUGCGUCCACUUCUCGUGCGCAACAGCGGAUGCGGAGAUAUGGAGUUUUCCGGACAUGCAACAGUAGUAUUAUAGAACUGAUUCUUUUAUCUUAGGUGGACAGCUCUGGGAUAUUUUUGUGCGCAUCAAGCGAAAAUGCCUGGCUUUGGAAGUGUGAUUAAUGCCGUCUGGAUUUUGCUCUUUCCAAUGUUUGGCUUGUCUUUUGCGAAUUAUUCUGAAGAUCAGUGCAGCUGGAGAGGAAGUGGUUUAUCCCAGCAGAAGGGCAGUGUGGAGCAGAUAUCCCUGCACUGCUCAGAGGGCACGUUAAACUGGCUGUAUCCCAAAGGAGCCCUACACCUCACCCUCUCCCCACGCCUUCCCUCUGUGGCGGUGGGGCCUGGUGGCAGCAGCAGCGGUCUCAUCACCACCUGUGUAAAGCCCUCUGAGCAGUUCCACGGUGCCCAGCUUUACUUGGAGAAAGACGGGGUCCUAGAGCUUCUGGUGGGAGACAGACUGGAGUCGUCCCCUCCUCCGAGGGUGCGGUGCUUCAGUCGGCUUCCUGGGGAGAAAGUGGCCCUCUUCAUGCAAGCUACGCCCCAUCAGGACAUCAGCAGGAGGAUAGCUUCCUUUCGCUAUGAGCUGAGGGGGGACUGGUCAGCUCGCAUGUCUCUGGACUCCAACUCAAUCAGCAGUGAGGAUGCCUGCAGACCUUGCAACAACACAGAGAUUCUCAUGGCUGUCUGCACCAGUGACUUUGUGGUGCGAGGAAACAUCCGAUCCGUGGAGGAAGACGAGAGCCUGAGGGCAGCGGUGAUCAAAGUGAAAUCUACCCGCGUGUUCCGUCAGAAGUACACAAUCUUCAACAGCAACAGUCGCCUGCCCAGUUGGGGUGAAGUCCGGACUCUGCUUCAGUGCGGCGUCAAACCAGGCCCCGGCAGCUUCCUGUUCACCGGCCGCAUUCACUUCGGGGAGGCUUGGCUGGGCUGUGCGCCCCGCUACAGGGACUUUCAGAGGACUUAUGCUCUGGCCAAAGCUGCACAGCAGAUACCCUGCGAACUGCCUGUUGACUGAAAAACUCUUCAGUAGCUCGUCUAUCAAACAGAGGCAUGGGGGAGCUAAAAGCUGGGGCAGACUCAGGCCUGUUUGGGAAAAGGCUGAACUGUGGAGAUGGUGGCUGAACCACAAAACCACCAGCUGAUGGGGAUCAUCCCAAAAGACUGAGGAGAGAAAUGGGUUUCUUUCCCAUUUCAGUGCAAUAUGUGGUCACCUGCUCAGUCAUGGUGAAGACCAGAGGACAGGGUUAAAAAUUCUAGAUCGGACCUUUCAGCGAACAAUGCUGCAGAACCGAUCAAAGUAAAUUUACUGAGAAGUUUUGGAUUUGGGAUUCAAUCAGUGAAGCCAUUCAUUUGAGUGCUGGGAGUCACUGCUGGAAAACUCAGGAAAACAAACAAAAAAGGAGAUUUUUUUACACAUUUUUGCCCAGACAAAGUUUGACUAUAGGAGGAUCAGUUGACUAAACCACCUCCCGGCGGUGGGGGUUGUCCUCAGUGUUAUCAAGGUUAUUAUAGAAAGCCUUCACUGAACGAAAUGUGAAGAAAAACUAUUUGCACUCAUGAGGGAAACAAGAUAAUCUGGAAAGAGAGAUGCUGCAUGCACUGAAAACCAAAUAAAAAAAAGCAAAUAUAUGUAGCAUAGUGCAACAGUUAAGUUAAUAUAUGUGCAGACCCUGUAAGCAUUUACAGAGAAAACCAGAGCAGCUCGAUGUAGAGCACUUUCAUGUUGUAGCCAGUCGGAGAUUUUGUAUGUUUUUAGACUUUUUUUUCCAACUAAAGUAUUUGAUUUUUAAAUUACUUUGAAAAGUUGAAUUAAGUUUGGCCAAAGCAGUGUCACAACUAGUUGAUGUUAAAGGAUUUUUUUUUAAUCAGAAGAGAAGUUAAACUGUUAUUUUCAGUAUUCUUAAAAUGGAGACAAAAGCCAGUCAAAUAAUAAUCCAAUUAUAAUUUAAAUUAAGUAUUUUUAAGAUAUAAACAAAAACUGUUUGGACAGUUCAAUUUUAGGGUAAAAUUACACAUUUAUUUUAAACAAUAAUUGUAAUUCUUUUCAGUUAAAUGAAACCUUUUAAGUGCACUAGAGCAUCAAGCAGACGGGGUUCGUACCAAAUCACCACAUUGUGAUUGGCUUAAAAUGCAUACACUGCCAUUUUUGUGCAUAUCUGAUGUGAAUUUAUGUGAAAAAUAAAAUGUAUAUAUGUUGAUAAGAAGGUUAAGGAAAAAAAAAACAAGUUUUCUGAAUUAUUUUUAUGUUCAUCUGUACUAUUAAAGUAUUCUCUAAUUUUACAAAGACUA